GUCCCACCAUACUUUAAGACAGAGCCCGUGCGGAGUCAGUUGCACCUGGAGAGGAACAGGCUGGUGCUGACGUGUAUGGCAGAGGGCAGCUGGCCUUUAGAGUUCAAAUGGAUCCAUAACGGGACAGAGCUGACCAGGUUCUCUCUGGAGUACAGGUAUUUGAUACCCUCCCUGGACCGCUCUCACGCUGGCUUUUAUCGCUGUAUCGUGAGAAACCGAGUGGGCGCACUCCUGCAGAGGAGCACUGAAGUCCAAGUGGCAUUUAUGGGAGCAUUUGAGGAAGGGGAGCGUUCCCAGGCUGUAUCCCAGGGAGACGGAGCAGUUAUCCCAGCACCACGCAUCCGAAGCUUUCCCCAGCCGCAGGUCACGUGGUUCAGAGACGGACGCAAAAUCCCGCCAAGCAGUCGCAUUGCCAUUACGCUGGACAACACACUGGUCAUCUUAUCCACUGUGGCACCGGACGCCGGACGCUACUAUGUUCAGGCUGUUAAUGAUAAGAACGGAGAAAACAAAACCAGUCAGCCAAUCACACUGUCUGUGGAGAAUGUUGGCGGUCCUGCUGACCCCAUUGCUCCCACUAUAGUCAUCCCGCCUCGCAACACCAGUGUGGUAACAGGCACCUCUGAGGUCACCAUGGAGUGUGUAGCCAAUGCCAGGCCGUUGAUAAAAUUGAGUAUCAGUUGGCGUAAGGACGGUGUAGCUGUCAGGUCUGGUCUGAGUGAUUUUAACCGCAGGUUGACCAUAAUCAGUCCUGUGGUCAGUGACUCUGGCUUCUAUCAGUGUGAGGCCGUGCUCCGCAGCAGCAGCGUCCCCUCCGUCAGCGCAGGGGCCUACCUGCACGUGCUCGAGCCUCCUCAGUUUGUGAAGGAGCCAGAGAAACACAUUACGGCAGAGAUGGAGAAAGUGGUGGAUAUUCCCUGCCAGGCCAGAGGAGUUCCUCAGCCUGAGAUAGUGUGGUAUAAGGAUGCUGUACCCAUAAGUCCCGUAAAGACGCCACGGUACAGGGUGCUGCAAGGGGGAAGCCUUCAGGUCAAUGGCCUGUUGCCGGAUGAUACCGGAAUGUUCCAGUGUUUUGCCCGAAAUUCAGCCGGAGAAGUGCAAACCAACACCUAUCUGGCUGUCACCAGCAUAGCCCCAAACAUCACAGCCGGUCCGUCUGACAGUACCGUGAUUGACGGCAUGUCUGUCAUUCUGCACUGUGAAACCUCCGGAGCUCCUAGACCUGCUAUCACCUGGCAGAAAGGGGAGCGUGUGUUGGCCAGCGGCUCUGUGCAGUUGCCCAGGUUCACUCUGCUGGAGUCAGGCAGUCUACUUAUCAGUCCAUCUCACAUCUCAGACGCAGGCACCUACACCUGCAUGGCCAGCAACUCCCGAGGCAUAGACGAAGCCUCUGCAGACCUUGUGGUCUGGGCUCGUACCCGUAUCACCAGUCCUCCUCAGGAUCAGAGUGUCAUAAAGGGCACUAAAGCCACCAUGACCUGUGGAGUGACCCAUGACCUCAGUGUUACUGUCAGGUUUGUGUGGGAGAAGGACGGACAGGUCAUAAAUCCCCAGUCUUUGCCACGGUUGCGUCUGGACUCAGAUGGAUCUCUGCACAUCUCUCAGACCUGGUCAGGUGACAUCGGCACUUACACCUGCCGGGUCACGUCUGUUGGUGGCAACGAUUCCCGCAGCGCCCACCUCCGAGUCAGGCAGUUGCCCCACACUCCUGAGAAUCCGUCUGCAGUCCUUAGUAGCACGGAGAAGAGAGCCAUUAACCUGACAUGGGCCAAACCCUUUGAUGGGAACAGCCCACUACUUCGCUACAUUCUGGAGGUGUCUGAGAACAACGCUCCUUGGACGAUUCUUCUGGCCAAUAUUGAGCCAGAGUCCACGACCGUAACGGUUAGCGGUCUCAUUCCAGCGCGCUCGUACCAGUUCCGCCUCUGUGCCGUCAAUGAUGUGGGCAAGGGCCAGUUUAGCAAGGAGACUGACCGGGUUUCUCUUCCAGAAGAGCCCCCCAGUGCACCUCCCCAGAAUGUCAUAGCCAGUGGACGCACCAACCAGUCCAUUAUGAUCCAGUGGCAGCCUCCGCCCGAGAGCCAUCAGAAUGGCAUUCUUCGUGGUUACGUCAUACGAUACCGGCUCACUGGACUGCCUGUUGACAUUCAGUAUAAGAACAUCUCCAACCCAGAUGUCACCAACCUGCUCCUGGAGGACCUCAUCAUCUGGACCAACUACGAAAUCGAGGUGGCUGCCUAUAACGGAGCAGGACUGGGUGUCUACAGUCCCAAAGUCAUGGAGUGGACAUUGCAAGGAGUGCCCACUAUUGCUCCAGGCAAUGUGCAGGCAGAAGCUGUCAAUUCAACCACCAUUAGAUUCACCUGGAUGGCUCCCAACCCACAGUUUAUUAAUGGUAUAAACCAGGGCUACAAGCUGUUGGCAUGGGAACCAGCACGUGAAGAUGAGGUUACCGUGGUAACGGUGCGGCCAAAUUUCCAGGACAGCGUUCAUGUGGGAUACGUGACAGGACUGAAGAAGUUCACCGAGUACUACACUUCAGUGCUGUGUUUCACCACGCCCGGAGAUGGUCCCCGGAGUCCGCCCCGACGAUUACGCACACAUGAAGACACCCCUGGUGCUGUUGGCCACCUGAGCUUCACUGAGAUACUGGACACAUCCCUGAAAGUCAGCUGGAGAGAACCUGCCGAGAAGAACGGCAUACUCACAGGGUACCGUAUAUCCUGGGAGGAGUAUAACCGCACCAACACGAGGGUCACCCACUACCUGCCGAACGUGACGCUGGAGUACCGGGUGACUGGCCUGACCGCUCUGACAACAUACACUAUUGAGGUGGCUGGCAUGACGUCCAAAGGACAAGGCCAACUGUCAUCUUCAACCAUCUCCUCUGGAGUCCCCCCAGAACUCCCUGGCCCCCCCACCAACCUGGCCAUCUCCAACAUUGGCCCACGCUCUGUCACCCUUCAGUUCAAGCCUGGUUAUGAUGGCAAGACCUCCAUCUCUCGCUGGCAGGUGGAAGCCCAGAUUGGCGUGGUGGGAGAAAAUGAAGACUGGAAAAUGGUUCACCAGGUAGCCAAUGAACCUGAUGCCCGCUCCUUAGAAGUGCCCAGACUCAAUCCUUACACCUUCUAUAGAUUUCGAAUGCGUCAGGUGAAUAUUGUGGGUACCAGUCCACCCAGUCAGCCUUCUAGAAAGAUCCAGACCCUGCCUGCCCCUCCUGACGUGGCCCCUGCCAAUGUCACUUUGCGCACAGCCAGUGAGACCAGCCUGUGGCUACGAUGGGUGCCUCUCCCUGAGUGGGAGUAUAAUGGUAAUCCAGAACUGGUGGGAUACAGAGUACAGUAUUCCAGAACUGGAUCCCAGUCUAAGGCCCUGACCCAUGUGAUUCCGGAUCGUCUAGAGAGAGAGUUCACUAUAGAGGAUCUGGAGGAGUGGACUGAGUAUGAGGUCCGAGUGCAGGCUCUGAAUGGGAUUGGUUCUGGACCGUGGAGCCAGCCUGUGCGAGGAAGAACCAGAGAGUCCGUGCCUUCGUGCGGACCCACUAACGUGUCGGCCUUUGCCACCACGUCCAGCAGUAUUCUUGUGCGCUGGUCUGAGGUUCCUGAGCCUGAUCGGAACGGCCUGAUUCUGGGAUACAAGGUAGUCUAUAAGGAGAAGGAUUCUGACUCUCCUCUGCAGUUCUGGACAGUGGAGGGAAAUGCCACUCACAGUGUUCAGUUGACUGGUCUGGGCAAAUAUGUUCUCUAUGAGAUCCAGGUCUUAGCUUUCACACGCAUCGGAGAUGGACGGCCUAGCUCCCCCCCAAUCCUGGAGCGCACGCUCGACGACGUUCCAGGCCCCCCAGUGGGAAUUCUGUUUCCGGAGGUAAGGACCACAUCAGUCAGACUCAUCUGGCAGUCCCCCUCCCAUCCUAACGGCAUUAUACUGGCCUAUCAGAUCACAUAUCGCCUGAAUUCAACCAAUAGCAACACAGCAACCGUGGACGUGUUGAAUCCCAGUGCGAGGCAGUAUACCGUUACCGGGCUGAAGCCGGAGUCCGUCUACGUGUUCCGCAUCACUGCACAGACACGCAAGGGCUGGGGGGAAGCUGCAGAGGCCCUGGUGGUCACCACAGAGAAGAGAGCCCGUCCUCAGCCCACCAGUCGACCUACGGUACCUCAGGAGAACGUCCAGGCCCGCAGUGUGCUGUUGUCGUGGGAACCGGGCAGUGACGGCCUUUUGCCCGUGCGUUACUACACGGUUCAGGUCCGAGAGCUGCCGGACAAAAACUGGACUGUCCACUCUGCAUCUGUCAAUCAUGAGGCCACCUCCUACACAGUGGACAGGUUGAAGCCCUUUACUUCAUACCAGUUCCGAGUGAAGGCCACUAAUGACAUUGGAGACAGCGAGUACAGUCAGGAGAGUGAAGCCAUUACCACUCUGCAGGAUGCCCCCGAUGAAGCUCCCACCAUCCUCUCUGUCACACCACACACCACGACCUCUGUCCUGAUUCGCUGGCAGCCUCCACCCGAGGAGAAGAUUAACGGGAUUUUGCUGGGUUACCGUAUCCGUUACCGGGAGCUGCUUUAUGACCGCCUGCGGAGUUUUAACAUCCACUCUGUCAACAGUCCGUCUGUCAGCUGGGCUGAGCUCACCUCUCCCUACAGCAUACAGAACCUCAGUGACCCCUCCCUCACCCAGUAUGAACUGGACAACCUGAGCAAACACAAGCGUUAUGAGAUCAGAAUGAGUGUGUACAAUGCCGCAGGUGAGGGUCCAGCCAGCUCUCCUCAGGAAGUGUUUGUUGGAGAAGCAGUUCCCACUGCCCCGCCCCAAAACGUGGCCAUCCAAUCAGCCACUGCCACACAGCUGGAUGUUACCUGGGAUCCACCCCCACUGGAGACUCAGAACGGAGACAUACAAGGCUAUAAGAUUUACUUCUGGGAAUAUCAGCGGAAGAAUGAGACGGAGAAACUGCGUACGCUCUUUCUGCCUGAGAGGGGAGUAAAGCUGAAGAACCUGACUGGUUACACCACCUACAUGAUCAGUAUCGCCCCCUUCAACGCCGCCGGAGAUGGGCCCCGCAGCGCCCCGACACGGGGACGCACCCAACAGGCUGCCCCCAGUGCUCCCAGUUUCAUCCACUUCAGUGAACUCACCACCACCUCCGUUAAUGUGUCAUGGGGGGAACCCACCUACCCGAACGGCAUCAUUGAGGGUUACCGUCUCAUCUAUGAGCCCUGCACACCUGUCGAUGGCGUCAGUAAGAUUGUGACAGUGGACGUGAAGGGGAGUGCUCCCCUCUGGAUGAAAAUCAAAGACCUUGCUGAUGGCGUUACCUACAACUUCCGCAUCCGAGCCAAAACAUUCACCUAUGGGCCUGACAUGGAAGCCAACAUCACCACAGGUCCUGGGGAAGGAGCCCCAGGGCCCCCUGGGGAGCCUUUCAUCUCCCGCUAUGGCUCUGCCCUCACCCUCCACUGGAGCAGCGGAGAUCCCGGACGAGCCCCCAUUACCCGCUACGUUAUUGAGGCCAGACCCUCAGAUGAGGGGCUAUGGGACAUCUUGAUCAAAGAUAUUCCCAAGGAAGUGACAUCGUACACUUUCAACAUGGACAUACUCAAGCAAGGUGUCAGCUACGACUUCAGGGUUAUUGGAGUGAAUGACUAUGGCUAUGGCUCUCCAAGCCAGCCUUCCCCAUCUAUAUCAGCCCAGAAGGUGGCACCAUUUUAUGAGGAGUGGUGGUUUCUAGUGGUUGUAGCUUUGGUUGGCCUCAUCUUUAUCCUGUUGUUGGUAUUCAUCCUCAUCAUCAGAGGUCAGAGCAAAAAGUAUGCCAAGAAAACUGAUUCAGGUAAUAACUCCAACUGCAAUGCCCUUACUCACGGAGAGAUGGUCAGUCUAGACGAAGGAAGGUUCCCAGCCCUGGAGCUCAAUAACAGACGUCUGUCUGUGAAGAACUCCUUCUGUAGAAAGAAUGGAGUUUACACUAGGUCUCCUCCGAGGCCCAGCCCCGGCAGCCUGCACUACUCCGAUGAAGAUGUCAGCACCAAGUACAAUGACCUGAUCCCCGCGGAGAGCAGCAGCCUGACGGAGAAACCGUCCGAGGUGUCCGACUCACAGGGAAGUGACAGUGAAUAUGAGAUGGAUCCAAACCGACAGAAAACCCACUCCUUCGUCAACCACUACAUCAGCGACCCCACCUACUACAACUCCUGGCGUCGGCAGCAGAAGGGGAUCUCGCGGGUGCAGGCGUACAGCUACACGGAAUCCGAGUCUGGGGACCCCGAGCACUGUGCGCCUCCUCCACUUCCACCCCUACCACCUCUGCCCCCACAGCUUAACUCCUCUACCCCCCAAAGCCAGGGUCAGACCCAGAACCAGGGCAGCCUGUUCAGGCCAAAAGGCAGCCGGACUCCCACUCCCUGCCAGCAGAGCUCCAACCCACCCAGUCAACACAACACGCUUUACCGCCCCCCGAGCAGCCUGGCCCCUGGCUCCCGCGCCCCCAUUGCUGGCUUCUCCUCUUUCGUUUGA